AUGGCUGAGGCCACGGAGCCCAAGGAGGUCGCUCUUGGUUCCCAGGGGCAACCUGAAGCUGCGAGGAUUGAGGGUCUAGGAGAACCUGGGACUGCAGACCUGGAGGGGCGGGAAGCGAGCAAGGGAACUGCAGAGGAGCCCAGGGAGCAGGGAGCGGGCGCCGAAGGGACUGCCUCGGGGAAGGAAGCAGGAGGCUGUGGGCCGGACGGAGGGAUCGGGGGAGCGCAGGCGCAGGACCCGCAGACUGGCCCCUGGACAGAGACUCCAGGCGCGACCGGAGAGCAGGGUGAAGCUGAGGCUGCAGAACGAGACCCAGAGGGCGCCGGGGUCCUGCAGGGAGCGGAGGAGGAGCCGGUCGCCCAGCAGGUGCGAGUGCCGAGCCCUGGGCUCGGCGAGCAGGGCGAGGCCCGGGAAAUCCCUGGGGCCGAUCGCCAGCAGCUUGAGGACCCUACGACCUCAGAGGCGUGGAAGGAGGUAGAGUCCAGUCUGGAAGAGCAGGGAGGCAGUGCACCAGGGUCGCAGAUCAAAACAGAAGUCCAGGGACCUGCAGGGGACAGCAUGGACACAGAUGCACCAGUAGGAGAGGCACAGGAGUCAGGGGGUGAGCCCCAGGGUGGAGGAGAAAGCAGCUCAGAGCCCCAGGAUGAGGCGACUGAGGUCGCAGCCGCAAAAGUCGAAGAGCACGACCCCAGGGAGCUGGCGGGAACUCCCACCGCAGAUCCCGCGGGGGAAGCGGGAGCCCCGGGGAAAGACGGGUCGGAAGAAGCAGCUCCAGAGGAGGCCAGGGUAGACUCUGGAGAGAAUGGGAAGCAGGGUGGGCUCCAGGAGGAGACUGGGGAGGAAGAAGCUAGGCCAGAACCAGGGUUGGAGGGACGCUAUGAGGAGGGCAUCCGGGAGAAGCUCCCCGACGGCAGCCCUGAUGAGGAGGAGGCCAAAUCCACCGGGCACGACCAGUCCCAGGCGGAGCUCAGCAACCACCUCGCUGAGGAGCCCAGCGCUCAGGGCGGAGAAGAAUUGGAACAAGUGAAUGGCGGCAGGCAGAACGGCCCAGCGUCCGAGGUGGGGGAGCCUGGACAGGAGCAUGACAUCACUCUCUUUGUCAAGGCUGGUUAUGAUGGCGAGAGCAUUGGAAACUGCCCAUUUUCUCAGCGCCUCUUCAUGAUCCUCUGGCUAAAGGGUGUGAUAUUCAAUGUGACAACAGUGGACUUGAAAAGGAAGCCUGCAGACCUUCAGAACCUGGCUCCCGGGACGAACCCUCCUUUCAUGACUUUUGAUGGUGAAGUCAAGACGGAUGUGAAUAAGAUUGAGGAGUUCUUAGAGGAGAAGUUAGUUCCCCCAAGGCACCCUAAGCUGGGAACCCAACAUCCUGAAUCCAACUCAGCAGGAAAUGACGUUUUUGCCAAAUUCUCAGCAUUUAUUAAAAACACCAAAAAGGAUGCAAACGAGAUUUAUGAAAAGAAUCUGCUACGGGCCCUGAAGAAGCUAGACAGCUACUUAAACAGCCCGCUGCCGGAUGAAAUAGACGCCAACAGCACAGAGGAUGUCACUGUUUCCCGAAGGAAGUUUCUGGAUGGGGACGAGCUCACGUUGGCCGACUGUAACCUCCUACCCAAGCUCCACAUCAUUAAGAUUGUGGCCAAGAAAUACAGAGAUUUUGAGUUUCCUUCCGAAAUGACUGGCAUUUGGAGGUACUUAAACAACGCCUACGCCCGGGAUGAGUUCACUAACACGUGUCCGGCAGACCAGGAGAUUGAGCACGCGUAUUCAGAUGCAGCCAGAAGGAUGAAAUGA